AAGCGCCACUGCUGCCCGCACUGCAACAAGCGCUUCAACCGGCCGAGCAGCCUCAACAUCCACGUCAACACCCACACCGGCGCGAAACCGUUCGUGUGCAGCUACCCCGGGUGCAACCGCAGGUUCAACGUCAACUCGAAUAUGCGGCGGCACUACCGGAACCAC